AUGACGUCGACACUGCCGCAACUACCCCCCUCUCUCGACCUCCCUCCACAUCUUAGCGCUCACAAAUACUUGUUGGUGUGCUCGUUGACAGUCCUAGCCUGGGAUACCCUGGUCCUAUCGCCUCGCACAUGGCGCCUUAUGCGAACAAGUGAAUGGCCAGUCCUCAAGAUCCUUUUCCACUUCCUCCGUGUUUUCGUGCCGAUUGAGUUUGCUGUUGUUGCUGUUGCUUUCUUCGACACCAAGUGGUCGCAGACGUCUUGCGAGAAGUUCUAUCUCUUCGAACCCAUUUGCACCGCUAUCUUACUUGCCGCCACCUCUGCUAUUCAUGUCAUCCGCAUUCAUGCGAUUUACGACCGCAGUCGCGCCGUUCUUCUUGGUAUGGGCUCUCUCUUCGGUGUACAAAUUGUUGUCACUGGAGUUUGCUGUGCUUUCUACCGAUCUGUACCCCUGCGUGAAGGUCAAGGCUGCAUCGCGGGACCCAAACACAACUGGGUUGGUAUCUAUUGGGUAGCGCCAACUCUCCUGUAUACUGCCUCGGCUAUUCUUGCCUUGAUGCGUUCCAUUAACUCACUCCCAACAAAGCCACUGAGUGCCUGGAAGCUGAUGCUCCGUGAUGGACUCAAUCUAUAUGGUGCUAUCUGGAUCGUUAACAUGGUCAACAUGCUCUUCUGGUUCAUCAUCAAGCCCACCGACGAAAAGGACACCAUCAAGACGAUCGUCACCAGCAUGGCUGCCAUCUUGACCACCUCGAUGUCUCUUCGUAUCGUUCUCGGUAUCCGUGGUACCCUCGUUCAUGGUGGCUCCUUCGCUUUGACUGGAUCGUCCGCUCCCUCCAACUCUUCCCGCGCAACGCACGUGAUUUCUACUCGCUCUGGCAUACCAACCAAUACAACGCCACACACUUACACUCUCGACGACAUCCGAUCUUCCAAGCCAGAGGCUGUUUGGGGUGAUGCUGACUCCAAGAAUGCGUCGAGUGGAGACGACAAAGGCUCCCUCCCAAUGGGAAACGAUGACCGCGCCAACCUUGGCGUCAAGGUCACUAUUGACCGCGAAGUUGGGUAUGACUCAUAUGGCCACGCCAAGUAA